AUGUCGCCACACGCCGUUACACAUCAAUUGCCCCGUAUUAAACUCACGGCCGAGCUAAAGCAGUUUGCCGUGACGAGCAACGCUUUUCUCCCUGAGCACAGCCCUUUGAAACAAUUCCCCGAUCCUUACUAUCAACCGUGGGAGCUUGUUAUUCAACAUGUUGCUCCUUUGAUUCAGUAUAAUGAUAUCAGACGCGCUGUUGACACUAUGCCUGUGUUGGGGACUGAUAGACUAAAGUCUGAGCCUGAGUGGAGGAGGGCUUAUAGUGUUCUUGCGUUUUUGACGCAUGCUUAUGUCUGGGGUGGUGAGAAGCCAGCCGAGAUUCUGCCUCCUCAGAUCACAAUCCCCUUCCUCGCCGUGUCAAAACAUCUCGAACUUCCUCCCGUCUUGUCUUAUGCCGCCGCCAACCUCUGGAACUUUUCCUGCGCCGGCCCCGACUUUUCCAACCUCGAUGACCUCUCCACUCUUCACACCUUUACAGGCACAGAGUCAGAGUCAUGGUUUCUCCUCAUCAGCGUCGCCAUGGAAGCACGCGCCGGAAAGAUCAUCCCUCGCAUGAUGGAAGCCCUCGAGGCCGUCAAGACACGAGACUACAACACCAUCAUCUCCGCCCUGCAAGACCUAAAAACAUGCAUCGAGGGUGUUGGUGCACUAUUAGAAAGAAUGUAUGAAAAGUGCGACCCUAUGACUUUUUACUACAAGAUCCGUCCCUUUUUGGCGGGUAGUAAAAACAUGGAAGCAGCUGGUUUGCCUAAUGGCGUUUUCUACGACGAAGGUAACGGGAAAGGAGAAUGGCGCCAUUUACGCGGUGGAAGCAAUGGUCAAAGCUCUCUUAUUCAAUUCUUCGAUAUUGUGUUAGGUGUAGAACACAUCACAAGCGGCAACAACACAGAACGCAAGGGAGAAAGAAGUUAUCACGACAUCGUGAAAGAUUACAUGCCCGGCCCACACCGUCGUUUCUUGACGCAUAUUGCUCGCAUGGGCAGCAUUCGGGAACUCGCGAUGCAAACACCACAUACCGUUGAGCAGGAGCGACUACAAGGGGCUUUUAGCGCUGCGACGGAGGCGUUGACGGUGUUUAGGAAUAAGCAUAUUCAGAUUGUGACGCGGUAUAUUAUUUUGCCGUCGAGGCAGGGGUCGGUGGUGAAAGGACCACAGAAUUUGGCGAGUUCAUCGUUGAAGAAGGGGAGGGAGGAAGAGUUGACGGGGACGGGGGGGACGACGCUUGUGCCGUUUUUGAAGCAGAGUAGAGAUGAGACGAGUGUUGCUGGACGGUUGGAGAGGUGA